CCGAACACUUCGUUCGCUCGCGAGGCCGAGGCCCCAGUGUGUUUUUACUCGGGGUUGAGUAAACUCUGGCCUGUUGUGUAUCAUAAUACGCGUGCACGCGGGUUUACGGGUUAGCCUUGCAUCGACCACUGGAUGCACCCUUGUCUUGCACCACGCCGCGCCGCCUGUCUCUUCCUCGAUCGACGGAGACCAACUUCCCAACAGACUACAGAGAUAUUCCGAAGCGUCAACAAAACACCAUUUAAACGGUCUAACGAGUAAACGAACGCCGCCGUCUCCGUCUACCGCCGACGGAAUUGAUAAUUCGCCGACGAUCUAUCGAACCGAGUGGCUACCAUGCCGAUUCGAAAGUUUCAGUGAGUGACUGUAUCGACUUGCUCAGAAAUAUCUAGUGAAAUUCCCUAUAUCAUCAUAUAUCGAUUCCACCAUCCAAUUGUUUAGUGACUAAGUGUAAAUAACUAAAUGUGACUGAUCGAAAUCAGUGAGUGAAUGUAAAAAUCAAAGUUCACUGCCGUCUUUGGAGGAUAUAUAGGACAUUUAACGUAUUAAAUAAAAAUGUCGUUACGUUGAAACUAUUCUGCAAAUAUAUAUAGCCAGUGAUCUAGACAUACUAUAUAGAUUCACGUAUCACAGAGCAGGCGCUACUGAAUCUUUUUUAAAAUCACCUCCACGUGUUUAAAGUAAAGCCAAGAUCAGGUGCACUUGUAAAGAUGCAUACGCUGUUCAGCGAGCAGAAUGCAUAUUACAGGCACGCAACGGCGGUUCCUGUUGGGAUGGGCACUCCGUCGUAUCCAGGAGUGGGCGCCGCACCAGGAUACUACGAACAAUACCGGUACGGCGGUUACGCGACGGCGGCAGGUUACCCGGUCUCAGGCAUAACCCAGCAACACAUUCACCAUCCCGGUAAGGAUAUGGUAAAACCUCCGUAUUCUUACAUAGCUUUGAUCGCGAUGGCGAUCCAAAACGCUCCCGACAAGAAGAUCACGCUAAACGGGAUUUAUCAAUUUAUCAUGGAGCGUUUUCCUUAUUACCGUGAGAACAAGCAAGGCUGGCAGAAUUCGAUCAGGCAUAAUCUCAGCUUAAACGAGUGCUUUGUGAAGGUACCAAGGGAUGACAAGAAGCCCGGUAAAGGAAGUUACUGGUCGCUGGACCCGGAUAGCUACAAUAUGUUCGAUAACGGUUCUUAUCUAAGGCGUCGGCGGCGCUUUAAAAAGAAGGAUGCCCUGAAAGAGAAAGAAGAAGCAUUAAAGAGACAAGGCUUGGUUCCCGAGAAGCAACGUAAUCAGGACGAGACGAAACCUAGUAACAUUGUAAUAGCGCCACCGUCGGAUGCGUCUACGAAGAAAUUGGGCACCCUGGACACGACUUUGUGUAAACCGAAAAGGGAGCCGGUAAACGACGCUGGUAGUCAUUGCAUGGCUGUACAAGCGAAAUACGGUCUUCACAGUCCUAUUCAAGACACAAAGACAGCGGUAACGACGACGUCAGCCGUCGCAAUAGCUGGCCAAAGCGUCAUCCAAACUGCUCUGGGUCAUCAAGUGCACCAAGCUCAUCAGGUUCAUCAAGACAGCAUUCAAGAUGUGUCUAUGGGAUUAGAUCCUACUAGUUUUAGCGUGGAUGCAUUGAUGACGACGAGAGAGAACAGCGCAGCUCUAAUGACAAGGGAUAAUCCACAUCAUACGCAUCAUCCUCACGGUCUUCAACAUACUCACCCUCACUCACACUCGAUUAUGACGAGCAGGGAGUCGAUGGGUUCGGGGGUGGUCUCCAGGGACCACCUGCCCUCCGUUUGCGCGACUACAACCACGACGACGGCCGCCGUCGCGGCAAUGAUGGCGACUACUGGAUACGGUCACAGCAGCACCGUGUCUAGGAGCAACGGCUCGCCGCCUGGAACCAUGUACGCGCCUUAUUGCACGCCCACGGCUGGUUACAUAAUGGAUCAUACGGAAUACAAUUCGAGAAACCAUAACAACACCGCGGGACACUCGCAAUGGUACCAGGAGGCGGCCAGUCCCGACGCCGCCGCCAUUUAUCAGGAUACUCAAUCGCCGAGCUGUCAGCUUUACAGAUCCAGCCCGCCAACUCCUCUCUCAUCGAGCGCAGCUCCGUCUCCACCCUUGUACCACAGAUACUACCAAGACUGCAAUACUGUCAACACUAGCGGAAAUCUACCCAUCACGUUGCAUAAGUACUGAGAAUACCGAAAUUCAAGGCCUCAUCACCGAGGCCUUGAAGAACAUCACACCGAGCACUACGACCCGAGCUUGGUUUAUGUGAAACAAGAGUGGAUCCCGUGCACGGAAGAGCUCGCCAAAGAGUGGAAUUAGAUAAGUCUAGAAAUCCAUGAUAAAACGGCGUGAAAGUAAUAUCAAUUUGAAUCUCAAUUUGCCGAAACUAUACGAACUAAACGAUACGAAAAUAGCUGUAGAUAUUUCAUCGUUCAUGUACUUGAUAAUAGUACAAUGAAUGUAUAACGUAGCACGUUAUAGGUGCAGUAAAAAAAGGAUUUUAACGAAUAGGAGAGAAUUGAAGGACUCAUGACAAAAACGAUCCUUGUUCGUAUUUAUCUCCAACAUCUUUUAUUUCUGUUUUAAUUUAUUUCAGUCCCUUUAAUGAAAUAUUCUUCGUAUUAAACAACUGAAUGGACUGCCAUAAUGAGAUUGGACUGCUCUAAGAAAAAGCAAUUUGAGAUUAAUCAAAAUCAAAUCACUUUCUGGAAUGUGCUAUAUAUUCAUAGUCAACUAAUAUUCGGAAUAAUAAACUUUUACACUUUUUAAUACGAAAGCUGCAUUUCUUUCUCAUCCAGAAAAAUACAUUUUAGGUAUUGGCGCUGUCCUUUAAUUACUAUAAAUAUAUUUAUAUUCAUAUUGUAGAAGAAUUAUAUUUAAUGAAAUCAUAAAAUUUUGUAUCUCUUGGCAAAGGUUGUUUUUCUUAUGAGUCUGUCAAUUAUUAAAAUGCUUGCAGUGAAUUGUGCGAAUAGUUCAAUAACAUUCGCUAAUUUCCACUUCGAUUAGAGACAUGUUGUUGGAGUGGAACUACAUAUAGUUCGAGGUAUUUUAUACUCUAUCGAAUCUUAUUCCGGUUCUAUGUAUGUAUAUCGAUCGAGAAAUAACGAACGAAGGAAAUGAAUCGUUGUAUGCCAACUAAAGUUAUACAUACUUGACAUUUUCAAGACAUUAUCGCGAUCACAGUGAACACGUGUCCUUCUUCGGGGCGUAAAAAGUUUAGUACACAUGUACUACUUGAUCUAAGGAGAUAGCAGAUUGACAUAUAGCUUCAAAAUGGCCGCUGCUGGCAGCAAUAAUUUUUUUUUUCAUUUCUUUGUUUGUAUUGAGUAAAUAGCAGAAAAUUCGAUGAUUGAAAAUCUGAUGGAAAGUUGAGGUUUUUGCUUUUUAUAGUCUCCUUUAUUCAAUUACAAAUAUUUAAUAAUUGUUUCGUAACAAUCUGUAUAACUUUACUUAAAAUGCAGAAAUUGUAGCUUUAAUUUACUCAAAGUGCAAGAAUUAAAGCAAUGGACACGGAAGACUUUAAAUAUUCCAACAAAUUUUAAAAAAUCAGAAAAUACUACAGAGGACAUUUUAACUACGUAAACGUAUAAGGAGGGCAGUAUUAUACAGAUUGAGGUUUCGGGAUGAUACUUUCGAUCUCUAAAUACUUACGUGAUCAGUUUUAUUGCAUGCUGGAUCAUUCAUUAAUGAAUCGGAAGAGCGAAUGACGCGAGAUGUGGCGUGAAAACAGAUAUGAAUAUCAGUGAUGAUCGUCGUCACCUGAGCAAACAAAGGCAGAUCUCUUUACUGAUCUACGGUAAUUUUGGCCGAUUCAAAAUUCCUUCUUCUCGCGAUGAUCUUGUUUGCACUAAGAUACGAACGAUCCUGCACACAUUGCAACUGUACAAACCUGCAGCGAAUUAAUGAGACAGAAAAAAAUAUUUCAGGCAGUGCACGUGUCCCUGUCGGAAUUAUCCAUUUCCGAUAAAAACACGAGAUCAAUAUUCAAGAUACUUAGAAACAGAUUUUUAGACUAUAAAAUAGAAGAAUUGAUAAAGAAAUGGAUGAUUAUUAAUGCAAUUUAAUAUACCAGAUGGUUUUAGCACUACGAUGUCAAUAUAAUUUUUAAACUGAUAAAUUUUAUUUUAGUGAUCAUUUUUGAUAGUUUUUAAAAUCAAUUUCAUUAAUAAUAUUCGCAAUAUGUUGGAAUAUUAUUUAUAUAUUUAUUGAUCUUCUUUAUAUAGCUCUUAAUCUUGGACGCCAUAUUGGGAAUGAGAAUAUACCAUAAUGGUAUUUACAAUCGAGGAUUAAUGGAAUAUUAUUAUACUUGAUACAGAAUAGUGACUGUAGCAAAGUCGUUUUCUCAAUUGAGUUAAGAAUUGAUGGAUGAAGAAAGUUACAUCGAUAAUUCGCAUCAAACGUUCUUGUGGCUAUAAUGGAUACAAUUGAUGGGAGUGAUAUAGUGAGGUUAUAAAAUUUUUAACAUUUAUGUACAUGUUUUGCAAGCAAUUCUGUAUAGUAAUUCGAGACAAGCAAGGGGAGAUAAGAAGCCACGAACCUCGUUCAGGAUGGUAAUGUUAAAUAAAUAACAGUAAUAUUUUAUUACUCAAUCUUUGGUAAGACUCUUAAAUUAUACAUAGAGAGAUAUAAAAAAGAUUGCAUAAGGUUUUAGAACUAAAUCAUUUGUUAUUUUUCAAAAUUUUAAAUACUGAUUUACAAAUAAUUCUUACAGUUUGAGAUUUAAACUAUUUACAUAAAAACAACAUCGAUCGGUGUUUCAAUCUGAAAUCUGACAAUUUAUAAUUAUAAAUAGUGUUUACGUAUUAGCAAGUACAAAUAAUACUCUAUUAAUACGAUACAAUUAUGCAAUAACAGGCAAAUAAAAGAAAUUGAAACAGAAAGAAACCUAUAAGUACGUAUGUUAUUCUGAUGUACGUACAGUAAACAAAUAAAUAAACAAUAGUUAUUUCUCGUAUAUCCGUCUCGGACUUAAUGUUCUAAUUUAUAACCUCAAAAUAUCAGCCCCAGCCAAUUAUACAUUCAAUGAAAACGAUGAAAGUUCUUUCUGCUAGUUAAUUAAAUGGAACGAGACAAAGGUGAUAAAAAUUCGUAAAAAGUAAUACGAUCGUUUUCGGUAGUGCGUUUGUGUGUCUCGUCAUUUUAUGCAUUUAUUCGCGUAACGUUAUUCCUUGCAACCAAUGCGCGCGAUUUGGUUGCACGAAAUUGGUAGUUUACCGAGGAUUAAGAUAUAAUAUAUAUUUAUUGCAAAACGGAUCGUGUGAAUAAUUAAACGAUUGAAACGGAAAAAAUCGUAUCGUAGAUAGAUCUCUGCGUGUAUAUUAUUAAAAAGAGUGUAUAUAUAUAUAUACACACACACAUAUAUAUAUAUUAGAUAUAUAGAUUGUAUAGAUAAAGCUAUAUAUGUAUAAAUAGACAGAUCUAUAUAUACAGAAAACGUAUUGAUAUUACGAAUUAGUAAUAAUAAUCGCAAACUUAUUAACGUAGGAUAAGUCGUGCGAAUACGAAAACCUUACGAAAUAAACGUAAUGAAACGUAACGAAAACACCUUGUGUUAUUUUUUUGAGGUAUCUUUGCACGAAAUUCUCGAUUUAUCCAACUCUCCUUGCCCCACCAUACGUCUCACGGUUCGGCGAUACCGACCGAUACAACACUUGUAAAACUAUUGUUCAACGUAUCGAAUGUUUGUUGGUAUUACGGAGAGAGAAGUGCUUGGAAAAAAAAUAUUUCGUUACAAUUCGUUUUUUUUUCUUCUUUUUUCAACGAUGAACAUCGGUAUUCACAAAAGUGUAAAUGUAUACAGUACGAAACACGAUCGAUAUAAACACCUGCGAAAAUAAUAGGUCCAUUUAAUUAUCCGUAGCAUUGAU